AUGGUCUCUCUCUCGCAAGCCUUCUACAUCACUCUCCUCGCCGUUGCCGCCUAUGCGCGUCCCACCGAGAACGAUCGCACCGCCUACGCCGCGAGUGUCGCCACCAGCGCCGCCGCGAGUGGUAACACGAACGGAUGCGUGAUUGGCAACCGGCUCUACCAAGAUAGCCAACAGGCCCUCAGCGCUCUCCAGAACGGCAACCUCCAGCCUCCUCGUGGCCUCUCGCGCGGUACCUUCGCCGGUCUGCUCCAAUAUUGCCAGGCCACUCAGGCUAUGGCGACGCAGGGGUCGGCGUACUGCGUGACCCCCGUCUACACCAACCAAGGCGUCAUCACUCGUCGCAGUGGCAACGUUGGCAAGUUCGACGCUGAGCAUGCUGACUUUGACCGUGCGCAUAAACUCGCCGAGGAGCACGUUAAGUACAAGUCCUUCAACAAGGUCAACGCCGACGACUCCGAGAACGACAUCAAGGCUGAGGAGGACUUCGUUAACAAGGACUUCGCCGAGAAGGACGCCUUCCGCAAGAACGGUGGCCAGUACGGGCACGAAGACUUCGGUCACGGAGGUCAAGAGGGCGGCUUCCAGGGCGGCGGUAACUACAAGCGCAGUGAAGGCGGUGUCAAAAAAUUCGAUGCUGAACACAAGGACUUCAACCUCAAACACAAGUCCGAGACCGAGCACGUGAAGCACAAGUCCUUGAACAACCUCAAGGCCGACGACUUCGAGAAGGAUCGCAAGUUCGAGGAAGAUUUCGUCAACAAGGACUUCGCUGAGAAGGAUGCUUUCCGCAAGGAGCGUGGUGGUCGCCAGGGACACAACGACUUUGGCCACGGCGGCGAGAACUACGGCGGCGAGCGCGGCCAAGACUUCGGUCACGGUGGCAACUACAAGCGCAACGACGGCGGUGUCAAGAAGCUCGACGUCGAGCACAAAGACUUCGACCGCAAACACCAGUCCGCGAAGGAGCACGAGCACCACAAGUCCCUGAACAAGAUCGAGGUACACGACGAUGAGAAGGACCGCAAGUCCGAGGAAGACUUCGUCAACAAGGACUUCGCUGAGAAGGACGCUUUCCGCAAGAACGGUGGCCACAACGGUCGCAAGCACUUCGGCGGCAAGCACUUCGGUGGCGAACAUGGCCAAAGCUUCGGCCACGGGGGCGAGAACUCCCAGGGGUUCUCCCACGGAGGAAAGCACUCCGAGGGCGUCCACCAGGGAGGCGAGUACUCCAAGGAUUUUGGCUACGGUGGCGAGCGCGGCGGUAAGCACUUCGGCGGCGAGCAUGGCCAGAGCUUCGGCCACGGGGGCGAGAACUCCCAGGGGUUCUCCCACGGAGGAAAGCACGCUGAGGGCUUCCACCAGGGAGGCGAGUACUCCCAGGGCUUCGCUCACGGAGGAAAGCACUCCGGAGGCGAACACGGUCACGGCUCUGGUCGCGUUGGCAAGGUCGACACUGAGCGCGCAGACUUCAACCGUGGGCACAAGUCUGAGUACGAACAUGAGUACAAAAAGGCCUUCGACAAGGUGAACGCGUUCGACAAGGGCAAAGAGCGCAAGUUCGAGGAGGACUUUUCGAGCAAGGAAUUCGCCGAGAAGGACACCGUCCACCGUGGCGGCCACUACAAGCGUAGCGAAGGUGGCGUCCAAAAAUUCGAUGCUGAGCGCAAGGACUUCGAUCGCAAGCACAAGUUUGAGUCCAAGCACAGCCACCACAAGUCCCUGAACGCGAUCCACGCUGACGACUUCGAGAACGACCGUAAGUUCGAGGAGGACUUCGUCAACAAGGACUUCGCCAACAAGGACGCCUUCCGCAAGAACGGUGGCCAGUACGGGCACGAAGACUUCGGUCACGGAGGUCAAGAGGGCGGCUUCCAGCGCGGCGGUAACUACAAGCGCAGCGAAGGUGGCGUCCAGAAGUUCGACGCUGAGCGCAAGGACUUCGACCGCAAGCACAAGUUCGAGUCCAAGCACAGCCACCACAAGUCCCUGAACGCGAUCCACGCUGACGACUUCGAGAACGACCGUAAGUUCGAGGAGGACUUCGUCGACAAGGACUUCGCCGAGAAGGACGCUGUCAACCGUGGUGGGUACUACAAGCGUAGCGAAGGUGGUGUCAAAAAGUUCGAUGCUGAGCGCAAGGAAUUCGAUCUCAAGCACAAGUUCGAGGCUGAGCACGAGAAGCACAGGUCUCUGAACAAGGUCGAGGCCGAUGACUUUGAGAAGGACCGCAAGUUCGAGGACGACUUCGUCAACAAGGACUUCGCCGAGAAGGACGCCUUCCACCGGGAUGAGAAGAAGGGUGGCAGGAACGGCUGGUUCGGCUGGGGCAACUAG